AUGAGCUUCAAUAAACCAUCUCAUCAGGAGAUGCGAGAGAUCACGAGAGCUAAUAUGGACAUUUGGGCUUUCAUAGACCGGACAGAUACUGCAUCUCCAUUCUGGCGAGCUGCAUCCGCCAACAGCCAGCGAAGUAACGAUCAGAAGAGCAAUGCGCAACCUGAGCGCAAAGUGAUUGGCGCGUCCUACUCGCAUGCAGACAUACUCAACUUCAACCAACUGAACGUCUCUGGCGACCGACCUCGAACGCCGCCCACGACAUCGAGUAACACCCGAAGCACACCACCACCAGCGUCUAGGAAUGCACGAUCUCCACCUUCGCGACCAGGAUACAGCAGCUUUCUCUCCGAAUCUAGCAAUGCCUACGACGAGGAGGGAGACGAUGGCUUUGGCUUGGACGAUGAAGAGGACGAGUUUGGUCUGCCCAGCAUAGCAAGCAUGCGCAGGAAAGGCAAGCGGAUAUCGAGCAAGAAAGCUAAAGACCCUGGUGGGAGCAGCACAUUCUCCAGAACGACCAGCGGUAACAGCAUCACCAAGAACGGAGUGCCGACGCCCGCAAGUCUUGGAUCGUGGGCAUUGAACGAUGGAGAUGUGGCCUCUGAGCGCGCUCUACCUGCAUACCCUACCUUGAAACGCACAGAGACAGGCCAGAAGAUCCUCAGACCUCAGUACAAAGACAUACUUCGCGACCCGGCCAACAGCCUACAUCUGAUCUCGCAUCCUGCUGUGACACCUGGAGCUUCGGCAAAGGAAGUCGAAGCUCAUUCAGCACGCAUUACGCGAAUCAACAAGUUUAAGAAGAUCCUCCAGGCAUCCUCGAUAUCACUUGCAGAACUCCGAGGCCAGGCAUGGAAUGGUCUGCCGAGCGAAGUUCGUGCGAUGACAUGGCAGCUGCUACUCGGAUAUCUACCCACAUCAUCCGAACGACGAGUCGCGACUCUUGAGCGAAAACGAAACGAGUACCUAGACGGUGUACGACAAGCAUUUGAAAAGGGCACAAUGGGCGCAGACGCACCUGUACAAGCAGGAAUCUCAGGACCCGGCUCUUCGCCGGCACAGAAUAGAGGUCGCGGUCGCGGUCUGGACGAAGCAAUAUGGCAUCAGAUCAGCAUCGACGUACCGCGAACGAACCCACACCUCGAACUCUACAGCUACGAAGCAACGCAACGAAGUCUGGAGCGAAUCCUUUACGUCUGGGCGAUACGGCAUCCUGCAAGCGGUUACGUCCAAGGUAUCAACGAUCUAGUCACACCGUUCUGGCAAGUCUUCCUCGGCCAGUAUAUCACAGACCCCGACGUCGAAUCCGGUAUGGAUCCUGGGCAACUACCCAAAGCAGUUCUAGAUGCGGUCGAAGCAGACAGCUUCUGGUGUCUAACAAAGCUCCUGGAUGGAAUCCAGGAUAACUAUAUUCACGCGCAACCUGGAAUCCAACGACAAGUCUCCGCGUUACGGGAUCUUACAGCACGAAUCGAUGAAGCGUUAGCGAAGCAUAUGGAGCAAGAAGGCGUGGAAUUCAUCCAAUUCUCCUUUCGCUGGAUGAACUGUCUCCUCAUGCGAGAAAUCUCCGUCCGUAACACCGUGCGGAUGUGGGAUACAUAUCUCGCAGAAGAACUCGGCUUCUCCUCCUUCCACCUCUACGUCUGCGCCGCCUUCCUCGUCAAGUGGAGCGACAAACUGCAGCGGAUGGAUUUCCAGGAGAUUAUGAUGUUCUUACAGUCCUUGCCGACGAAGGAGUGGACGGAGAAGGAUAUUGAGUUGUUGCUUAGUGAGGCGUUUAUCUGGAAGAGUCUGUUUGAGGGCAGUAAGGCGCAUGUUAGGCAGACGAGCAGUGCUGCGCAGGUCAUGCAGCUGUGA